ACCGGAAGCGGAAGUGCUCUCUGUUGCUGCUCCUGCGGCGUUCCGGGCGGCUGAAACAGCAGAGACCCGGGACACGCCAUGGAACAUGUGACGGAGGGUGCCUGGGAGUCGCUGCAGGUGCCGCUGCAUCCUCGGGUGCUCGGAGCACUGCGCGAGUUGGGCUUCCUGCACAUGACGCCGGUGCAGUCUGCCACCAUCCCUCUGUUCAUGAAAAACAAAGAUGUCGCCGCGGAAGCUGUCACUGGUAGUGGUAAAACCCUGGCUUUUGUCAUUCCUAUUCUGGAGAUUCUUCUGAGAAGGGAGGAGAAGUUAAAGAAGAACCAGGUAGGAGCCAUCGUUAUCACCCCAACUCGGGAGCUGGCCAUUCAGAUUGAUGAGGUCCUGUCACACUUCACGAAGCACUUCCCGCAGUUCAGCCAGAUUUUGUGGAUCGGAGGCCGGAACCCUGGAGAAGAUGUGGAGAGGUUCAAGCAGCAUGGCGGGAACAUCAUUGUGGCAACCCCAGGCCGCCUGGAGGACAUGUUCCGGAGGAAGGCUGAGGGUCUGGACCUGGCCAGCUGUGUGAAGAGCUUGGACGUGCUGGUGCUGGAUGAGGCAGACAGACUGCUUGACAUGGGCUUUGAGGCAAGCAUAAACACAAUCCUGGAGUUGUUGCCAAAGCAGAGGAGAACAGGCCUUUUCUCAGCCACACAGACACAGGAAGUGGAGAACUUGGUGCGAGCAGGCCUCCGGAACCCUGUCCGAAUCUCUGUGAAGGAGAAAGGUGUGGCAGCCAGCAGCACCCAGAAGACCCCGUCCCGUCUGGAGAACCACUAUAUGAUUUGUAAGGCAGAUGAGAAAUUCAACCAGCUGGUCCAUUUCCUUCGGAGCCGUCAGCAGGAGAAGCACCUGGUGUUCUUCAGCACGUGUGCGUGUGUGGAAUACUAUGGAAAGGCCCUGGAGGCACUGGUGAAGAAGGUGAAGAUCCUGUGCAUCCACGGGAAGAUGAAGUACAAGCGCAAUAAGAUCUUCAUGGAGUUCCGCAAGCUGCAGAGUGGGAUCUUGGUGUGCACUGACGUGAUGGCCCGGGGAAUUGAUAUUCCUGAAGUAAACUGGGUUUUGCAGUACGACCCUCCCAGCAAUGCCAGUGCCUUCGUGCAUCGAUGUGGACGCACAGCCCGCAUUGGCCACGGUGGCAGUGCUCUGGUGUUCCUGCUACCCAUGGAGGAGGCGUACAUCAACUUCUUGGCCAUCAACCAGAAAUGCCCCCUGCAGGAGAUGAACCUCCAGAGAAACACUGUAGACCUUCUGCCGAAGCUCCGGGCCAUGGCUCUGGCUGACAGAGCCGUGUUCGAGAAGGGCAUGAAAGCCUUUGUGUCCUUUGUGCAGGCUUAUGCAAAACAUGAGUGCAGCCUCAUCUUCAGGCUGAAGGAUCUUGACUUUGCCGGGCUUGCUCGAGGCUUUGCCCUAUUGAGGAUGCCCAGGAUGCCAGAACUAAGGGGGAAGCAGUUUCCAGAUUUUGUACCAGUGGACAUUGAUACUGACACGAUUCCAUUUAAAGAUAAAAUUAGAGAAAAACAGAGGCAGAAACUUUUGGAGCAGAAAAGAAAAGAGAGGAUAGAAAAUGAAGGGAGAAGAAAAUUCAUUAAAAAUAAAGCUUGGUCGAAACAGAAGGCCAAAAAGGAAAGAAAGAAGAAGAUGAAUGCAAAAAGGAAAAAGGAUGAGGGUUCUGAUAUUGAUGAUGAAGACAUGGAGGAACUCCUUAAUGAUACAAGGCUCUUGAAAAAAUUUAAAAAAGGUAAAAUCACAGAAGAAGAAUUUGAGAAGGGGCUAUUGACAAGUGCCAAAAGGACUGUCCAGCUGACAGAUUUAGGUGUCUCAGACUCGGAAGAGGACAGUUGACUUCAGAGCCUCAGAUGAAGGUCGUCUCACUGGCCCCACAUUCGUACUCUUGCUGGAGGACUAUCUGGAAAGCUGUCUGUUCAGACUGGGAGAAAGAAACUGAAGGACUGCACACACGAGUGCUAGAAUCCUAUCAGAAUCUCACAGAAGUGUGUUUAGCUAUUUGAAUGUAAAUAACAGAUCUCAGUAUUUAUUUUGAUCAAUUAUGCUUUUUCUUCGAUGCUUUUUGUACUUUAUUACAAAUUCCCACUCCUUUUAAAACAAUAAUGAAGUAUACCCUCCUGUCCCCACAAAUGCUGCAUAUCCUUUGCAGCCCCACCUAGAGCACCCAUAGAUGCAGAGGGGCCUGUAUGCAGGUUUUUUUCAUUGCAAUAGGGGCCACACUACUGUAGUGAAUUGCAUAUGCUUGGUCCAUAGGAAGUGGCACUAUCAGAUGUGGCCUUGUAGGAAGUGUGUCAUGGUAUGGGCAGGCUUUGAGGUCUCCCAGGCUCAAGCUCCACCCAGCGUAGGAAGAAAGCCUCCUGGCUGCUUUUGGACCAUGAUGAGAGCCCCACCAUCUGCCUGCACACUGCCAUGCUUCCCACCAUGAUGAUGAUGGACUAAAUUUCUGGAACUGUACGCCAGCCCCAGUUUAAUGUUUGCCUUUAUAAGAGUUGUCUUGGUCAUGGUGCCUCCACACAGGAAUGGAACCCAAACUAUGUAGUCUAGAAUGAUUUUAGAAUGAUCCUCCUGCUUUAGCCUCCCAUGUUCUGAGGCCACAGGCCGGUGCCACAACACCCAGAUUGGGGUUGAGAGCAUUUUAGAACAGGCUCUGGUGUUCUUUUAUACUCACACUGUUUCUGGUCUGUGCUAGCUUAUAUGAGGCAAUAUCUAAAUUAUUCACAUAAUUUAUUUGAAAAGAUCCUGAUUUGUUUCCAUAUUUAACUUAAAAAAGCUGUUUUGGUUUUAAACAUGUUUAAAGUAAACUCACAUUUUUUUAUAGA